AUAUCGCUGCUACACAUACUGCUGCUGCGUCUUUUCUCCACAGCCCCAACAUCACUCCACAAACGCCAGUUCCGGCGACUCCAGUUCCGGCGACGCUGUUUCUUUUCUCCACAGCCUCAACAUCACUCCACAGCAGCGAGUUCUUCACGCCAGUUCCGGCGACUCUAGUUCCGGCUCCCAGACAUCGGUUUCACGUCCCCUGCUACUUGUUCCGCUAAGAUUUAGAAAGCUAUGGCAACUUCUCAUGAUCAAGCGGAAGGUGAUGAAGAUGAAUAUGUUGUUCUGGACUUGGAUGCCGUUUCUGAGAAAGUUCACAUCCCACCGAAUGCUCCAUACGUUCUCUCUGGCCUGGACACGUUGAACCCGAUUCUAAUCAUUGAUGACAAAAUAAAGCUGAUUGGCGAAUACGAGGAAACUGUCGGGACAUGUAUUGUUUUAAGUGAAAAUGAUGCUACUCCUGAGGUCCAUGAAGAGACGGGAUCAUCUGAAGCAAAAUCUUUUUCGGGGAAAUCUAUUACUAACCCGAAUCAGGUUCCUAGGAAGCAAGUCAAACCUGUUUGUCAAUCUCAAAAGAUUCUUAGGUUUAAGUUAUUAUCGGAGUGUCAAAACGAAAAUGAACAGAGUAGCGUGAAACCCGUGUAGUCCAAGCAACAAAAGGUUUUAGUCAUGUCAGCAUUGGCGGUUGUUGCCACUCUUGUAGAUCGUCGGAUAUUCUUAUUAAACCGAGUUUAGAUAUUUAACAUUGCUCAUUCUAAGAGAUGUCCUAAUCUUAGUCAAAUGCAAUUUAG